AUGGCGCCGAAGGGUCCCUUCAAGCUUGUCACGGUCAACACCGCACCUGAGCGGGCGAAGAGACUGAUCGGCCGCAUGACCGAGGCGCUCAAGGAUCAGUACACGAUCGAUUAUGUCGCCAACUGCGAAACGAUCGACGAGGUCGAGAUCAAAGUGAAAGAGCACAAGCCGGACGUCUUGUUCUGUGCAUCAAUGUGGACAGCGGAGGAGGCAGAGCAAAUCCAGGCGACCGCCAGGUCAAUCGUCCCCAACAUCAAGACGCACGCCAUUCCCCACGGAUUGCAGGUUGAGAGAGGGCCCGAUGCGAUUGUUGAGCACCUCCUUGAAAAGGUUCCUCAAUUGCUCGAGAGCUAA